AUCAUGAAGCAGCUGCCGCAGGAGGCGAAGCGCUUUGCCAUGAUUGAUAAGGCAUGGCAGAAGAUCAUGAAUAAAGCAAAUGAGAUGCCAAACGUCCUGGAAUUCUGCUAUGAGAACGAAUUACUUCAGAACUUGCCGAAUUUAAAGGAACAACUUGACGAAUGUCAACGUAAACUCUCUUUGUAUCUUGAGCAGAAGCGAAAUUUGUUUCCAAGAUUUUACUUUGUGUCCGACACGGUAUUGCUGGAGAUUUUGUCUCAGGCAAGUGAUCCACAGUCCAUUCAGCCACACCUGGCGUCCAUCUUUGACGGUCUUGCGUCCGUGCGCUUUGAGCGCAUAAAGCCAAAGGAGGCGGGAGCGCAGCCGUACUUUCAAAUUGUUGAGAUGAUCUCCGGAGAGGGCGAGUCGCUCAUGAUGCGGGAACCCACGCCGUGUGUUGGCAACGUUGAGGAUUGGCUGAAUCGCCUGUGUGCUGGAAUGACCGCCACGGUGCGGGAAGUGGUGAAGGCAAGCGUCACGGAACUCAGCACGCUUCUUGGCAACACAAACUACCUUGGCAGCAUCAUUGAACGCUACCCGGCGCAGGUUUCACUCCUAAUGCUUCAAUUUUUUUGGACCGCCGAUGUGACAGAGUGCAUCACGAAGGGUGUCAUGCGUGCACGUGGGAAGGAAUCCGCCUCCUCACGCGCCAAGUGCGACUCGGUGAAGAAUUAUCUUGUCAACUUGACGACGUCAGCAGAGUUGGAACGACAACCAAAACGCAUGCGUACCAAUGUGGAGACGCUUAUUACGAUUCAAGUUCAUCAGCAAGAGGUGUUCAUUGACCUUCAAAAAGCCUCCAUCAAGGAACUCACACACUUUGAUUGGUUAAAACAGGCUCGCUUCUACUACAAACCAGAGCGAAACCUUACCAUUAUUUCUAUUGCCGACUCAGACACGGAGUACUGUAACGAAUACCUGGGCGUUAAGGAACGUCUUGUCAUUACACCUCUGACAGAUCGUUGCUAUAUCACCCUGUCUCAGGCUCUUGCAAUGUACAUGGGUGGGGCCCCCGCUGGACCGGCUGGUACCGGAAAAACGGAGACGACAAAAGAUCUUGCCCGUACUUACGGUAAAUUUUGCGUCGUGUUUAACUGCUCUGACCAGUUGGAUCGUCAUGCAAUGGGAAAAAUUAUCCGUGGUCUGUCCCAGGCAAAUGCAUGGGGAUGCUUUGAUGAGUUCAAUCGUAUCGAUCUCCCUGUAUUAUCUGUCGUGGCACAGCAAGUGAGUUGCGUCCUGCAGGCACUGAAGCAGCACAAGGAGAAAUUUAUUUUUAUUGAUGGUCAGGUGACGGACCUCAUGCCUGGCGUUGGCUUCUUCAUCACGAUGAACCCAGGUUACGCCGGGCGACAAGAGUUGCCGGAAAACCUCAAGAUUCUUUUUCGUGGCGUGACAAUGAUGAUUCCGGACCGCCAAACAAUUAUGAAGGUGAAACUUG